AUGGACAGCGAUAUCUUGCUACGCAAGACCUUUGCUGAUUUUGCGCACCAAGAACGCGCCGAAGGCUUAGUUACAACUCGAAGUCAGGCCAAGACCAAGAAGAAAAGAGUGCACUUCGAGGACAAAGUUCCUGAAGGAACGACCAAUGCUGAGACAACUGAGGCAGUCAACGAGGACUCGGACACGCAAGUGCAACGUCCAAAUGCUGAGGUCCGACAUGAACUAACAGCCGAUGACAUUGAUCCGGUUACAGUCCAAGAAGAGCAAAGGCACCGUAUCGCCAAGGCCCAGGACGAGGAGCUGAGGUGGUCGAACCUGAAUGCCGUCCUGAGAGGAGAAACCACAGCGAUGACUUACAAAGAGGCCCGAGAAGCCCGGAAGUGGGCGGACAACUUCGUGCUGUCAAGUGAUAACGUCCUGUAUUACACGGGUGUGAGCAGAAGAAAGGUCGACGAAAAUCAGCCCGAGAUGUCGUUGAGGCUCGUGGUGCCAACCGCAAUGAUCCAAGAAGUGCUACACAAUUGUCAUAACUCCAUCGAAGGAGGGCACCAAGGUGUCGUUCGCUCUUAUGAAAGAGUGAAACACGACUACUACUGGAUCGGUCUCUACGCAGAUGUGGAGAAACAUGUGAAAUCAUGUCUCGACUGCAGCUCGAGUAAGAGCUUGCCGCAGCCCAAAUGCUACUCACCUGGCAAUGUGCUCGCAGAGCGACCAUUCUAUGUGGCAUCAAUGGACUUUGUGAUCCCUCUGCCUAGAUCUCGUCGAGGGAACACUGCCCUAUUGCUAUGGCAGUGCUCCUUUACGGGGUUUGUGAUCGCUAAAGCGAUGUCGGAUACCGAUGCCCUGACUGUGGCCAAGGUGUGCGAGGAAUGCAUCUACAGGCGAUUUGGUGCUCCGUCUCUUAUUCGACAUGACCGAGACCCACGCUUCAUGAGCGAGGUCUUCCAGGCCUUCGCUGACAAGGUCAAGGUCAACAUUGAGCUAUCGCCCGCAGGCGAAUGGGCGUCGGUCAAGACCGUGAUACAGUCUGUCAAGGUCUAUGUGGAAGACUCGUUGCAGCAAGACUGGGAUGAGAUCGCUGAGCAACUAGUCUUUGCGAUCAACAACUCCCAUAUGACCAGGAAAGAGUCACCUUUCUAUUUGGUCCAUGGAUGGGAUGCCCAUACGACGCUACGAGCAAUGGCUACCUCCAUGAAGCGAGGUAUCGGUAAGCAGACUGAGGCACUAGCCUGUCGGCGAGAGAUUAACCGCCAGCAGCAGAUCACUCUCAAAAUGGCUAAAGAAUACCAAGCGGUGGAGAAGGCCCGACGUGCAAGAAUUCACAACGAGAAGCUCAGUCGCAAAGAGCAAGCCGCAGUACCAAAAAGUGUGAACGAUGACUCUCCCGCCGAUGACUCGCCCAACAAUGACUCGGAACCGAAGUCUCUAUUUCGACCUGGAAGCCGUGUAUGGCUGCAUAUGGAGCGGGUGAAGCCAGGAUUAGUUACGAAGCUGGCUCACCGAUGGCAUGGUCCUUUCAGAGUAAAGCGAAAGGUCGAGGAGUUCGCGUACGAGCUCGAUUUACCUGUGACGUAG